AUGUCCUCUUUAAAGGCACGAUCCAUGGCCUUCUUGGCCAUCCUCCUCUGUCUCUUCACAUCCGUCCUCGCCGCACCACCAGAAAUAACCGUCCCCGAUGUCGGCGGUGAAAAUGGCGCUGUCAAAAAGAUCACUGUCUCUGGAACCGUUGUUGCCAUUGUCUUGCUUGUCGCCGGCUUCAUCUUUGCUUUCUUUGGUCACCGCUUCUUCAAAAUCACUCUCUUCCUCGCCGGUUUCUACGUCUGCAGCACACUCGCUUGGAUUGCUCUCGCAAAUAUUAAACCUGGCGCAGACGGAUAUGGCGCCAACACUCAGUGGGUCUACCUUGGAGUGACAGCAGUGGCGGGACUUCUUGGAGGUGGACUCUUCCUCUGCUUCUGGCGCCUCGGUUUUGCUGCCAUUGGUGCCAUUGCUGGAUUCUACCUCGCCAUGUUCAUCCUCUCCUGGAGCUCUAACGGAGUCAUCUCCAACGGAACUGGCCGCACCAUCUUCAUUAUCGCCUUUGUCAUUGUCGGUAUCGUACUCACGUUCUUCGUGGAACGCCAUGUCGUCAUCUUGGGUACCGCUAUUGUCGGCUCGGGAUCGUUCUUCAUCGGACUCGACAACUUUGUCCACACUGGUUUCGCCGACGCUUUCACCGCCUUCCUUUCUGGAAACAAGAACGCCUUUGGCGGUAACGGCUAUGAGGUCACUGGCAAGGUCUACGGCAUGUUGGCCGGUACCCUUGCCAUGAUGGUCGUCGGAGCCUGCUUCCAGUACUACAAGCACCGUGGCUCCUGGGUCCCCAAGACUCACCGCCCCCACUACCAGGCCCAGCCCCAGUAUCAGCACGUGUAA